AUGGAGCCCCCAGAGAAUCAGGAUGGACCGCAUAGAGAUGAGAUUCCGUUGCGCAAUGCAAGAGGCGAAGCGAACAGUGUGCGGUUUCCGCUGAGUGCGCAUGAAUGGUUGGUUUCAACUCAUUUACUUUAAUCAAUUCUAAAUUCUCAAUUUAGGGAAGCUAGUUUCACCGGCACCAUGUCACUGGAUGGCAAAUUUCCGACACUCGAUUUGAAAAUAUCGUGUUUGGAUUUGAAGCCGUGCGAGGGCGUCGUAAUCAUGUUGCGCAUCGAAUCGCUCCCUAUCAUGCCAUUUUACUUCUCCGGCAACGAGUCGUCGAUGAUGAUUCGUCAGUUGUGUGUGUAAGAAAUGGAUUGUUCUAGAUCAUGUUUUGAAAAAUCUGCAUUUUAGCGCUAAAAGGAAACCGGAAAAUCUGACAGAAGUUUAUAUAGAUGACAUGCUUCCUAUUGAUAUCAGCAAAUGCGUGAACGCAGUCAUGGAAAUCGAUUGGCAUAGAGACGACAGUGGACAAAUUGUGAUUACUUCGAAAUUCAUGGAAGGAGAUGUGUGAGUUGCACACAAAACGUUUUUGCAUUGAACUUUUUUCAAAAAUAUAUGUUUCAGUGUUUGUCUCUCCUUCUCUUUCCAUUUCUGUGCGUUUCUACUGCUGCACAGGAGUAUGUUCUCAAUGAACUGGCCGUUUCACACAUACCGAACGAUGUGUGAGGAAAGAAAUGUCAAAGUCAAAGUGGAAUGGUUCGACAAAAUGCAUCCGCAGCUCAAAAUCCGUAAGCUGCUGAAAGAUCUGAACACAAUGCCUACGGAUGACUUUCAAUUGCUUCGGGGCGUUCUCGGAUCGUACUAUCAUGAGUUUUAUUCCAUGAAAAACUACGGUGAACCAGAAUUUUAAGUUGAAACAAUGAUCGUUCACGUUCAGAGUGCUACUUGCUCACGAUCCGAUACCAGGCACUCAAGUUCGGACUCGAUUUAUUGCCGAAAUCGGCGACUUUGUUCAAGCUGUUCGCAAGCAAAACAUGCUGCGAAAUCAUCAAUAUGAGAAUUGUGAGAUCGACAUUCACUUGGCAAAACUCUCUGGAAACGUGUGUGAAGAUCGGGACCACAGAUCGGGAUCAGAUCGUUUGGGAGGAAGAAGUAAAGAUUGAGGGAACAUCAAUGAGCAUGUAAGUGAUCGUUUUGAUGUCUGUUGAAUUCAUACAUCCUAAUUCAGUGUAUUAUGUAUCCACGUGGAGACUUUUGACGAACAAGAGUAUCUUUCGUUUGGUGCUGUGCUCAUUGGCUUGCUGGAAAUUCAACAGCUCUCGAUAAAAGUCAAAUCCGAUGAGAUGGAUAUAAACGAAGAAAUUGAAAACAUUGUCACGCCAAGAAUCGUGACUCUUGGAAUUCCAACGCUGUUCAAACUGGAAAGCUCUUUUGAGCGUGACAUCUCGAUCAAAUUUGAUUUGAAAAUCGAACCGGUCACUCUAUCCGAACUGCCUUCAGAAAUUGUGAUGCCAGGGGUCACCGACUAUGUUUUCACCGCUGGAGAAACCAGAUUCAAGAUCAACAAGCAGGUGGAUCGCUUUUCUCAAUUAUCUGGUAGUCUAUGUAUUUUAAUCUAUUUUUUCAGUUGCUCUCCCACCGCCUUCCGUAUUUUAAGGGACUGUUCCAGUUCGAAAGUGGAGAAAAAGACGAAAUGUCCGUGGAUUACAAUCCUGCCACGUUUUUCAACUUGCUCAAGUUUGUUUACUACGGCAGCAUCUGCUUCAAAUCAGGUAAUCAUCUGAGAAUUUGUCGAACAUAUUCAAUCGUUGACUGCUUUUCAGUGGCGGAAUGUGCCGAGUGCGUCGUUAUGACAAAUGCGAUGGUGUGCAAUGAAAUCGAAGAAGCGUGCAUUGCGUGCGUCAGACACAACGGAACAUCCAACGUCACUGUUAUGAAUCCGAUGAUAGCUCUCACAAACAGCAUGGUUCAAAUGGAUUUCAAGGAGACUAUGGGAUAAUUACAUACGUUUCUAUUAUCGAAUUCGGAGAAUUUUACGGUUUUCUAUCAGUCUUAUUCAUUUUUAUGGUUACUGUUCUUCCGUUUUGACAAGCAAUCGCCAUUUUUUUGAGAAGACUACCCAUUCUCGCUCCUCUUUAUUUCUGUCGCCCCGUAUUAUCUCAAUCUGGUUGAGAUUCAAUAGAUCACGCUGAAUCUUAAUUUUUCUGCAUUCCCUUUUUCGCACUUUUAAUGUUUCACUCUUCAACCUUUUACUAUUUAUGGGGCAAAUUGAUACGAAUUGAAUUAAUCGACAAAAUGUAUUAAUCCCCAUUCCAGGUUCCAAUUUUCAUUUUGGAACGGAACCACUGCAAAUAAGCAAUUACGUUUGUACUCUUUCGAAUAAAUACCAGAUUAUAUUCCGUGAGAUAUGAUCCGAAACGCGCAUGAGGUUUUUAAUUGUUCAUUGGACAGGUGCAAAUUAAGGUAACUAAUCCAGCGGGUGAGAUCGACAAAGGAGGAUAAUUAGGGUAAUGAGAGAGAGAGUGAACGUCGGUGUCUCUUUUCAGUGAGCAUGCUCUUUCCUUCCAUUUCAAAACGGUUCAUACCUCGCUAGGCACCUUUCCUAGUGCGUACGUAAUUAUGAGAUUAUUCGUUAGAUCUUGCCCGUUAUUUGCAAUCUGAGCUCAUCGCAGAUGUGCGUGCAUAGCGUGAUGCACCUGUCCGGGGGCGUGGCGAUCCUUUUCCGACGGACAGCAUAAAUACUAGGAUUAGGAGGAUAUAGGACACAGUGAGUGCUCGCAGUUGCCAUUGCUAAUGCUCUUUUCCGAUCGGAGCUCCUCAUUCCUGCUCUUGUUUUCACCUUUUUCCGUUAUACGCAAUUUAGAUCAUUCUAGAUUAGUUCUACACAUGAAAUGAAAUUGUUUUUUCAGUUUCUGCACUGUCAAGCGCUCACCGACAUCAUGAACUCUGAGAAAGACCAAAUUGAGAAAAAUGUGAGUGUUUCGAAAUGAAGGGAGUACUGUUUCUGCCACUCCCGCCGUAGGACUUCUUAAUCUUGAGAUGCGUAAGCAUACAUCGUCCCCUCGUGCUUGCUACACUAAUGAAUUAAAUUGCGCUAAAGGACAGGAAAUGGGGAUUGAGUGGUUUGACAUUAAAAAGCGGACGUUGCCGGAAAUGUGUAUAAGAGCAAGAGGAUGUUCACGGAGAGACAUUACUAUUACAGAUCUCCGAGCCGGCCACCGUCGACGAUCCAAUCGCCGAGCGUGAUGUGCCAGUUGAUCAACCACAAUCCGAAGAGCAGCCUCUCUCGGUAUGUAUGAAACAUCGUGUUCGAGCCAGCGGGGAUUAAAAUUAAAUCCCUUCAAUGUAAUCCGUUCAGAGCGAUGACGAAGAAGAACUGGACGAAGAAGAGGAUGAGGACGACGAGGAUGAUGGCGUCGAAGAGGAGGAGGCUGUUGCAAGCGGAGUGAGAGUGGGACUUGAAAUGAACGUUCCAGGACUUGAGAAUCAUGUUGUGUUCCAAAUGUACGGUAGAAACGAUCCACGAGCCGUAAGUUAGCUUUCAUUGAGUGAAUUUACUGAUUAGAAGUUUUCAGGCCGGUAGAAAUACCAUGUCAAAAGAGGAAUACACUGAAAUGAUGGUGCAAAUGAUGGUGGGCGGCAGCCAGAGAGUCGGCGGCAGCGAAGAAGAGAAUCAAGAAGAGCAACAGCGCCGUCAAUGA